UAUUUAAGAUUACGAAGGAACGAGGGUCUCCCACGAAUCAUGAAAUAGGUUAGUUUGUCUUCCUUGGGCGUUUAUCAACUUCUUUUUACUUGUUUCACUACUCUUAUUUUUUAUUUUUUUUAUUGUAUUUAUUAACUUUAUUUUAAUUCUUUAUUGUGUUUCCUGUUAUUGUAUAUGUAAAGCACAUUGAGUUGCACAUGUGCAUGAAAUGCGCUAUAUAAAUAAAGUUGCCUUGCCUUGGGCCACAGCAAUCACCUUCAAUGGCCGAUGAAGUAAAUUGACAUAUUAUAGACUAGGCAGAGUUGUGCCUUAAAUGGAAGUGUAUUGCCAUUAAUACGCUAAGCUAGUCUCAAGAAAAUUCUCAGUGUCUUGCAAUAGUCACACAGUACCAAAGUCCACUGAAAAAAGAAACAUUUUAACGGGACCUUUAACUAAUUCAAAGUCUCCCGGAAGCUGUAGGACCCUGCUCUCGCCGCGCACUUGUGUUUCCUGUUUACGGGCGGGAAGAGCGAACGAACCUGAACCCCUGUCCAUCCUACAUCGAAGAGUGCUAAAGCUGUAGUCCUCCACUUACCAGGACUGCUGUUUUCUCUGUAUACCGAGGUGGCCUAUUUGAAUCAUUUUCUGCUUUACUUUUUAUGUGGGGAUUUACAACUUGGUUUCGAAUUCCCCGCUGACUGAAGUUUAAGGGGAUUUAGACUGCAAAGCAGAUGGAGGACCCUGCAGACUCUGGCGGCGGUGGUGCAGCAGCUUCACAGGGCCCCACGAUGCGAAUGACGGAGAUCCGCUGCCCAACAGGAGCCUGUCCUUUGCGGUUACUGGAGUGGAAAGUUAAACCCGGAUCUUUUGUCAAUGUAGAUUCUGUGCUUGCACUGUGCGCCCCUAUUCGACCGGUGGAAGGGUCUGAAUUAGAAACACGGGAACAGACAAACAGGCUGCCUGAGAAGAAGGUGAAAUCGGAUCGUGCAGGAGUAGUGAAGGAGCUGUGCUGUCAACUUGGGCAGGUCAUAUCGCCUGGCGGGCUCAUUGCACGUAUAGAAGAAUGCAGUCAUCCCAUUGUGAUGAAGGGCCUGUGUGCCGAAUGUGGGAAAGAUCUUGCACAGAUGCAAAACAACAAUGGGAAACAGCAAGCGCCCCUCUCUACGGCAAACGUUUCCAUGGUGCACAGCGUUCCAGAGUUGAUGGUCAGCUCAGAGCAAGCAGAGCUUCUGGGCCGGGAAGACCAGCAGCGGCUGCACAGGAACAGGAAGCUGGUGCUGAUGGUGGACCUGGACCAGACACUCAUCCACACCACCGAACAGCACUGUCGACGUCUGUCCAACAAGGGAAUCUUCCACUUUCAGCUGGGCCGCGGCGAGCCCAUGCUCCACACCCGUCUGCGGCCGCACUGUAAGGACUUCCUGGAGAAGAUCGCCAAGCUCUACGAGCUCCAUGUCUUCACCUUCGGCAGCAGGCUGUACGCCCACACCAUAGCAGGUUUUCUGGAUCCCGAGAAGAAACUCUUCUCUCACCGCAUCCUGUCCAGAGACGAGUGCAUCGACCCCUACUCCAAGACGGGAAACUUACGAAACCUGUUCCCCUCGGGCGACUCCAUGGUGUGCAUCAUCGACGACCGGGAGGACGUGUGGAAGUUUGCCCCCAACCUGGUGACGGUGAAGAAGUACAUCUACUUCCAGGGCACGGGGGACAUCAACGCGCCACCGGGUUCCCGGGAGGCAGCCCGCAAAGGCGCUCAGGCCAGCAGGGCAGCGGACACCAGUGAACCCUCAGACCCCUCCACAGCGUCCGAGGAACAGAGCAACGGCCUCAGGAAACGAGUGCGGGAGCGGCACGCACAACCACCGGCCCCCGCCACUCAGGGAGCCACAACCAAUGAGAGGACCCACCCCGACAAGGAAGGGGCGGGACAGGCGGAGGGCGAGGCCACAUCACGGGUCAGCGACAAAGGGAAUACGACAGCGAACAAGGAGGAGACAGAAGAGAACACCAGCAGCAGCACACAGGAGGCCCAGCGGACGGGAGAGGAACCGAAGUCGAAACCGAAGUCGGAACCGAAGUCGGAAGAGCAGAAGUCGGAACCGAAGUCGGAAGAGCAGAAGUCGGAACCGAAGUCGGAAGAGCAGAAGUCGGAACCGAAUCCGCCAGAGGAGAAGUCGGAACCGAAUCCGCCAGAGCAGAAGUCGGAACCAAAGCCUGCAGAGCAGAAGUCGGAACCAAGGCCGUCAGAGCAGAAGUUGGAACCGAAGCCACCAGAGCAGAAGUCGGAACCAAAGUCGUCAGAGCAGAGCGUCAGCGUAGAGAAUGUGCAGAGUCACACAGGGUCGAACGACCUGGAUUUCAACCUGUCCAGUGACAGUGACGACAGCCAAUCAGAUUGUAAAGCCACAAUCCCGCCCCCAACCCAGUCCACGAGUAAGAGCGAGGAAGGAGAAGCGUCGGGCAGCAGGGAAGAGGGCGAUGACAGGAGCGUGGAAAAGAGGAAAGAAGACGGCAGUGAUCACGAUGGGCCAAUGGAGCUGGGUAACGGAGACACUAAGGCCAAUAACGAUACACAGCCAAAGCACAUCGAAGCCACAGCCACCGCCACCGCAACAGCCACCGCCACCGCCACAGCCACCACAGACACAGCCAGAGCCACAGCAGGAGGGGAGGGGUGCACGGAACACAACCCUGACGAACCCAUGGAUGACGACGAGGACGUAGCGGACGACGAAGAUGAGGACGAGGAUGACGAGGAGGAGGAAGAAGAGGACGAGGAGGAGGAAGACCGCGACCACGACGACCACCUCAUCCACUUGGAGGAAGUGCUGACGAGGGUCCACCACGAGUACUACGACCGCUACGACUCUUACUUGCACGAAGGCAAGAUCGCUAACUCUUCCGCUGCUCCCUCCACCACCGCCAGGACCGAGCCGCCCGACAUGCGGCGGAUUGUGCCCGAGCUGAAGGGCCGAGUGCUGGCGGGCACCACGGUGGUAUUCAGCGGCCUCUACCCCACUAACUAUCCCAUGGAGCGAACGCGCGAGUUCUACCACGCCAAGGCACUGGGGGCGUGCGUGGCCAAGACCCUGGUGCUCUGCAUCAAAGACCCAGAGUGCACCACACACCUCAUCGCAGCACGCGCAGGUACAGAUAAGGUGCGGCAGGCGCUGCGCUGUAAACACCUGCACGUGGUGAAUCCCGAUUGGCUAUGGGGUUGCUUGGAGCGCUGGGAGAAGGUGGAGGAGCAGCUCUACCCCAUCAAGGAAGACUACAGCAAAGCACCCAGGAGUAACAGCCCAGCAUUCUUCCCUGAGCUUCAAGGCUCCCUCCUCGCCGCACCCCCCCUCUACCCUGCCCCCCAACAAGACCCCACCCCUCGACCGCCGCCCCCGGAGCAGCGCACCUACGACCCCGUCACCGGCAAGCUCAUCCGGCGAGGGCCUCAGGCGCACCACCAGCCCUCCUACCACCACCAUCAUCAUCCCCCGGGGCCCUCGGGGGUCCCCCCGCCGGACCCCAAAUGUCGGCCGCCCCCACCGGAGGUGCGCACCUACGACCCCGUCACGGGCAAGCUCAUCCGGCGAGGCCCUCAGGCGCCCCGGCACCCCUCGUCCUACGGCCAGGCACCAGGGCCCUCCAUGGCGCGGUCGUCUUUCAGUGUGGGGCAGUCGCAGCAGCAGCAGGGGCAGUCGCAGCAUCAGCAUCAGCAUCAGCAGCCGCAGGAUGAUGAGCAACCAGGCCCGUCUAGACGAGAUCGGCAGCCCAGCAUGUCCGAAACCCUCCCCCUGUACAUGCUCUGCAAAGAGGACAUGGAUAGCAUGGACAAGGAGGUUGAUGACAUGCUGGGUGAGGAGAGCGAUAACGAUAGUGACGAGCAGGAAAAGGAAGGCGAGAAGAUGGAGGUAUGCGGCGGCAACGAAGAUGAGGAGGAAAGGGAGGAGAGGCCUCAGACAAGUCAACAGAGUUUGGCAGUUGAGCACCAGCAAGUCCCCGAGCCCAGCGCCAGAGAGGAGAGGAGCCAGACGCAACCCAGCAAUGGAGACAGUCUGUCGGGCGGUGAGCCAAGGGGUCAGAAACGCAAGCUGGAGGAGGCCAAAGCUGAGCGAGAGGAAGACGCGGCGACGGCGGCGGCGGCAGCCGGAGAGGAAGAUGCGCCCCUAUCUGACAGCCAGUCCAGCAAGGACUCCAACGAGGAAGGCAGCAGCUCCGAGGCGGACGAGAUGGCCGCCGCCCUAGACGCCGAGCUCAACAGCUUCAUGUGAGGCAGAAGACCCUAAACGAAGCACUCGCCCCCCCCCCCCCCUCCUCCCCGAGCCGUACCCCAUCUGCCCCUGAUGAACUGCACUGUCCCAACAUGUGGUACCCAAGACAGGGGAACUUAGUUUGUAUGUGUGUGUGGGUGUGAGUGUGUGUGUGUGUGUGGGUGUGGUACAGUGUGCGUACAUACAAUGUGUAAACAUGACAAAGAUGAAUAAUAAUGAAGAAGAAUAUCUGUUUUGUACAGUAUAUAGUUCCUUAGCAUCAUAUUUUAGGUGGGGUUGUAUAAGCUGUUGAUUAACACGUUAAAGGUGUUUCUGUGGUGAAAAUAGAAGUGGUCAUUUUGAAAAUGUUUAAAUUUUACCUGAGUUUGUGUUUUUUUUCCUAUGAGCUUUUAUACAAAUUCAAUUUAAAAAUGUGCUGAAUAUUAAAUUAAUUGGUUCAUAAAUGCCAAAGAGCCUGGAAAAAGGUCUGUAUGGGUCAGCAGCUAAAAUCCAUGUUGGACACAGACUUCUUUAUUUUGUCUCCAGUUUCUUUUCUUUUUUUUAGGAUUGAUUGUUCUUUACCAGCAGUAAAUCUCUUGACGCCUGAAUGUGACCCGUUUAAUCUUUGUGUUUUCAUUUCUGUUCCUCUGUUCCCGUUUGUUUUCUAUCAAACUUUUGAACUUGCGCGUCUUAACUGUCCAUUGACUCACAAUAGGCACCCAUCCUAUUAAGGAUCCUGAUGUCAAGGGUGCAUCUCAAAGGGUCCUCAGUAUUGCGCGAGUGUUUGUGUGUCUUCGAUCUCUUCACUCGGAGGGGAAUGAGAAAGAAGCCCACCUGUUUCAGGACCAGACACAGUAGAUUACAGGACAGCCGGGGUUCUCAUGCGGUCUUGGCUCGGGCCCUGGCCUCGUCUUCUCGAACCAUGAGCCUUUUGCGCAGACAUACGGUUCCGUGCAAAUGACAGGAAGGAAAACAUUCUGAAUCCUCUUUGCCGUGGAGAGGCAGUUGGAGAGUCGAGAUUUUGGGCAAAAGGAUGUCAGCCUCUCAAGAGUCUCUGCAGAUGUGGGUUACCCACAAUACGCCAGUGUGUGAACGUUUAUAUUUUGUCAAAAUUUGCAUUUGACCAUAUUUUUUUACACGUCAAACAAAACUUACAUUUUGGUCCUCUCUUUGUAUCCGUCAAAUGUUUUCAAAAUCCAGCCAAAAUACUACAUUGUACAAUCCCCCACAAUUUACAGGAUAGUCAUGGAGAAAUAGACCAAAUAGAAACCAUUACAAAUGAUUUGUGUGACAGAUUCACUAUGUAGGUGUUAAAUCAGUAUUUCAGUAAUCAGCUUAAAUCAGUAUGGGUCUUAACCACCCUUCCCACAUAGUCAUAGAAGUAGUGACAGAGGCAUCCCCAGUUUGACUUCCUUAGUGAAGAAGAGCACAUUGUCACCAUGUCUAGACCACAGAUGACAGUGCUAGGUGAGAGCACAGGGUUUAAAGGUCAUGGCUGGCCGACCAGGCUGAGAUGCUGAUUGGUUGGCUAUACCACUGUGUAGCGGGAUUGGCGCCCUGUCACUUCCCUUUCCUUUCCUCUGUAACUGAUGUCUGGCAAGUGGACAUAAAUCAGUAAUGAAAGUUCUACAUUGUGUUCAUCGGUUGAUUGAUCAGUUUAUUGAUCAGUGUAUUGAUGUUCCUUUUCCUUUCAUUUUAGUUUUGUGCUGUUGUUUUUAUUUUUCAAAGAAAAAGACUGAUGUAAAAUAUUUGUACAUUAUAUUUCAUACUUGACCUAAUCGAAAGAAGAAAAAAAAAGAUUCAUUUCAUUAAAUAAAGAUUUGUUUUGUAAGUCUU